AUGGAUGAGACCAUGCCUGCAGCUAUUGUUGAUUUGACUCGGAGAGUUGUGUGCGAUGGAUGUCACCGGCUCAUCCGCGAUAAGUACAUGCUCCGCGUCAGUGACGGCUUCUGGCACGAGCAAUGCGUGCAUUGUGCGGCUUGCAGAGAACCCCUCAAAAACACUUGCUUUCUCAGAGAGAAGAAACUUUACUGCAGGCGAGACUAUGCAAACUUGAUGGCGGUGCGGUGCAGCGGCUGCUCGGAGGUCAUCUCGCCGGCGGAGCUGGUGAUGCGCGCCCGCGAGGCGGUGUACCACCUGCGCUGCUUCUGCUGCUGCGUCUGCGCCUGCCGGCUGCAGAAGGGGGACCGCUGCGUCCUGAGGGGGGGGCAGCUGCUCUGCGCCAGGGACUACGAGGGACUGGCCAGCCCCGCCACCUCUGACUCAGGUAAAAGUGACGAUGAAGAGGAUGGGCCUGAGAAGACGGCCAGUGGGGGCAACGGGAUGGAGGAUGCAGACCACAAGCGGCCCAAACGCCCCCGAACUAUCCUGACCACCCAGCAGAGACGCGCCUUCAAAGCCUCCUUCGAGGUGUCUUCCAAACCCUGUCGAAAGGUACGGGAGACUUUGGCAGCGGAGACUGGGCUAAGCGUACGAGUGGUGCAGGUUUGGUUCCAGAAUCAAAGAGCUAAGAUGAAAAAACUUGCCAGACGACAGCAGCAGCAGCAACAACAGCAACAGCAACCACAAGAUCAACACAAUCCCCAAAGUCUUCAUUCAGUGCCCUCGUGUGCAGGCCUAAGCGCUGACAUGGAUGCUCUGAGCUCGUACCCAGGCCUGCAGCCACAGCAGCAGAUCAUUGCCUUAGAGCAGCAGGUCUACAAGAUGGAUCCCUUCCGGCAGGGCCUGACCCCGCCUCAGAUGCCGGGGGACCACAUGCACCCAUACGGCAGUGAAGGCCUGUACAGCGAGAUGGAUGGAGACUCUCUGUGCCAUCUCGGGGACUGCCUGCCCUCCACAGACGCCUCGCUCCUCAACCCCAUCGACCGUCUCUACUCCAUGCAAGACUCCUACUUCACCUCCUGAGCCCCAGAGCAAGUGCAGUGCAUGACACUGCCGUCCCGGAUCACAGAACCCUAAAGAGGAGGCAGCCGUGCUGCCUUUGACCUG